GCAUCCGAACAGUAACACAGCUAAUAAAAUCAGCAAACGAGAAAGGAUUAAAAAGGAAAAUGUACUCUCCGGGAAAAUAUGUGCGUGCCCCACCAGCCAGUUCCGAAAGCGAUACGGAUGAUGUGAUGGAAUUCAGUGAUCUGAACGGACUGUACGUACGCCCUCGUCCCGACCGACAUGCAUCUUGUGAAGAAGAGGUGGCCGGUGAAUCCGAUGAGUUUGCGCAUUACUCAUGUGUAGCGCCGGAUCCUGAGCUCGAACUGCGAGAACGAGUCAAAGAACUUGAAAACGCCAUCAAGGAAUUGUCUAAGGACCGUGACGGCCAUCAUGCGAUUCUAUCCAAGCACCAUAUCGGCCACCAUAAGGAAAGCAGUCCGACCAUACCAUACAUCGCACCACUCACGCCAUCCGAGAUCGCAGCUGAAGGGACUAUCCGCUGGGACAAUAUUACUCAUUUUCCGAAAAAUGUUCCGGCCACAAAGAUGUGGGAAGCUUGGACAUGCUUCAUCGAAGACUUCGAAAUAGCUUCAUCAUUGUCGAACGUCAGGAACCCAAAGCGCCGAGUGGAACUUCUUUUGUUGUCAAUGGGUGAGGAAUUGAAAAGCGAUGUCCGAGCUGCGAAGCUUCAUCCCGAUCCAGAAGAAGAAGGGUGCUACGAGAUUUUUGUGAAAAAUAUCGAUAAUUACCUCAAGUCAAUGACUGACCCUGCAGCGGAGCAUGAAAGCUUUUCAAACAUGCGCCAAGAGGAAGGUGAGUCUGCUGUAAACUUCCAUGCAAGAUUAACUAGGAAGGUACAGCUAUGCGGUUAUAGUCCGGAUGACCAAGACCGUUUCGUUAGGACUCAGCUUCUGAGGGGACUUCGAAAUCAAGAACUCAAGAAGGCUUCCCGCAUGUACGGCCACGACUCCAAUUUCAUCGUGCAAUCUGCCACUCGUGCGGAAGCUUUCCAGGCUGAGUCUGCAUCGCCGGUUGUAGAGUCCAACGCAAUAGCAGCAGAGGGAACCCAGAAUCGUGCCCUAGUUGCUACCGUUCAUUCCACCGGGGCGCUGAAUGCCCUGCAAAACGGAAGAAUUGUAAUUCGUGUGGUGCACUUGGACAUUUCGUAG